AGUACUCUUUCUACUUCGGAGUUUGGUCCUUUAUCCAGGACAGUAGCCGGUAUACGAUACGCGCAACGGGACAUUUUCGACGUGAAUCUGUACGUCCUUAGCAUAAGUCUUCAAUUGUUUAUCAAUAAAAGAUUCAAGGAUUAAAAAAAUAAACAACUUAGUGAGUGAUUUUAAUUUUGAACUAUUUUUUCUGUGUGGAUUGAAGUGAUUGAAAAACGUGGAAACGUUUUAAUGUGUAUUUAUAAUAAAAAAAUGUGAUUACUGAUUCAGUUGAUUUUGUUAACAAAAUUUUUGUGACCACAACGAAGAAAACAUGAUAGAGAAAAUAUUAUGGAGGAUCCUGGAGAAGAUUCUUUCACUUUGAAAGUGUGCCACAUCGAUCGCAAAUUCAACGCCAGUCGAGUCAGAGCCGCCAACAACUCAACAAAUUCCCAACUCCGGAAAUUCUUGAACAAAGACACAACUGAGCGGAGUAUUCCCAGAAUAAUAACUAAUCUUUUCAACUUUAUGCUGGCGUGUCCAUUAUUUUUUCAGGUUAAGUGAAUUUAGAAUGUAAGAUUCUUUCAACAGUCCACAAUAUUUCUUGUACGGAAUAACGAAUCCAGAAAUUCUUUCAGUAGAAUAAUGUUUCCGACAUAAGCAUGGGUCAAGAUUUCCGUAGGGUUUUUGGAACUUUGAUUUCAAUAUUUCUCAUAAUUUUUGUGCGGUGUGACAUCAGUGAUUUUAUGAAAAACGCAAAAAUUAGUACGAGAAUUAUACAGACUCGUUAUGGUAGAUUACAAGGUCUCAUUGUUCCUAUGGACGCUCAACGUUCUCUAAAAUCCAUCGAAGUAUUCUUAGGAGUUCCUUAUGCAACUCCUCCCGUACAGUCGAAUCGGUUUAGCCCCACGCGAACGCCCAUUCCCUGGGAUGGAAUCUUGCUGUCGGAUAAAUUGGGACCGGUAUGUCCCCAAAAGCUCCCGGAUAUUUCUAAUGAGACAGCCGCGCUCGAGAAAAUGCCAAAGGGAAGAUUAGAGUACUUGAAGAGAUUACUACCCUACCUGAAAAAUCAAAGUGAAGACUGUCUCUAUUUGAACAUAUAUGCUCCGUCACAAGUUUCUCCGGAUUCACUACGUCCUGUGAUAGUUUACAUUCAUGGUGAAUCUUUCGAGUGGAAUUCAGGAAAUCCUUACGAUGGAAGCGUUUUAGCUUCCUACUCCGACUUAGUCGUUAUCACGCUUAACUACAGAUUAGGUAUAUUAGGUUUUCUAAACGCAAACCCUGCUCCUCAUUUGAAAGCAAGGGUGGCAAACUAUGGCCUAAUGGACCAAAUAGCAGCACUACAUUGGGUUCAACAGAACGUGGCACUUUUUGGAGGUGAUCCAAAUAAUGUUACAUUAGCAGGACAUGGUUCCGGAGCCGCUUGUAUAAACUUUCUUAUGAUAUCUCCUACAGUGAUGCAAGGUCUUUUCCACCGAACGAUUCUACUUUCUGGAUCAGCACUUUCCUCAUGGGCACUGGUCGAAGAUCCGGUCAACUACGCUGUGAAACUGGCAAAAGAAAUGAAUUGUUCCAUUCCGGACGAUGUUGGUAAGGAUCAUGAGGUGAUCGUGGACUGUCUCAGGGAAACACCUCUACACGAAUUACUGCAAGCUGACGUCGAAGCUCCAUCAUAUCUUACCGCUUUUGGGCCUAGUGUUGAUGGUGUAGUAAUCAAAGCAGACUUUGCUAAGGAAUUGGUAACUUAUUUUAAACCUCAGGAUCUUCAGAACUUUAUGAGACCUGUCAAUGCAAAUAUGAAAAGAAGCGAAGCUACAAUCACUCCGAGAGGAAAUAAUCCAUAUGAUCUUUUAUACGGAGUAGUGACAAGUGAGGCCUUGUGGAUGUUUUCGAACAACGACAUCACUGCCGGUUUCGAGGGAGAACGACGAGAUAGAAUAUUAAGGACUUAUGUUCGUAACGCUUACACAUACCAUUUAAGUGAAAUAUUCUUCACUAUUGUGAACGAGUACACAGAUUGGGAACGGACAGUACAACAUCCGGUAAAUACUAGAGAUUCAGUAAUUGCGGCUCUUAGUGACGCGCAGUUCGUUGCGCCUUUAGUGCAAACAGGAGAUUUACUUAGUGCCAAACCUCCGCAAACAGGACAAGAGGGUGAAGGGCCUAAAACUUUUUUCUAUGUUUUUGAUUACCAAACAAAAGACGGGGAUUAUCCACAGAGGAUGGGAACUGUUCAUGGUGAAGAGCUUCCAUAUAUUUUCGGAGCACCUCUAGUCGAUGGCUUCAAUCACUUUCCCAAGAAUUAUACAAGAUCUGAGCUGGCAUUAUCAGAAUCAUUCCUCAUUUAUAUAGCAAACUUCGUUCGGACAGGGAAUCCCAAUGAUAAUCACAAGCAAGAACCUAUUCUAGCAGCAUCGAGAGAAAGGAACAGAUUCCGUUCUAUAGUUUGGGAUGAAUAUGAUUCAGUACAUCAAAAGUAUUUAGAAAUUGGUAUGAAACCAAGAAUGAAGAAUCAUUUCCGUGCGCAUCAACUGAGCGUAUGGUUACGACUUAUACCGGAAUUGCAUAGAGCUGGUAUGGAAGACGUUGUAGCUAAACAUAAUUUAUUUAGAAACCAUAAUAGUGCUGAUCUAUACGAAGGAGCAGUUCGGCCAGAUCCACUGUCGAGAAUAAGUUACUAUGAUCCUACUAUGGAACUCAUUAGAAGAAGACCGAAUGCUAGUAUAACAACGCUAGAAGCUCCAACUACUAUCGAAACCAUCGUCACUACUUGCGUGAAUAUUGUUUCGUCUGGAAACUAUAAUCAUCAAAUAUUUCAAAGUCAUAACUCUUCUGAUACUCUAGCUAGUUUGGAAGCUGCGGGGUAUGCUGCGUACAGUACAGCAUUGAGUGUUACAAUAGCAAUAGGAUGCUCAUUACUAAUACUCAACGUUCUUAUUUUUGCUGGUGUAUAUUAUCAGAGAGAUAAGACAAGAAUGGAAGUUAAAAAUUUGCAGCAACAGCAGAACCGUAACCAAGCAGCAUUUGAAACAAUUUCUAAACAUCAAUAUCAUUUAGGGCAUUCUCAAAGCACAAAUGUGAUUGUAGACGUAGAACAAGAUACCUCAGCGUUAAUUUUAACUAACGCACAACAAGAUAAUAUGAAUAAGAUACAUCAGAUCUGUCCUACUACAGUUUCAAAUACGUUAAAAGCACCACCUCCUAGUCCCAACGUCAUGCUACAAAACUGUAUGACUUUACCUAAAAAUAUGUCAUAUGGAGGAUAUCAACAUCAAGGAUGUCUGACACUGCCAAAAACUGCAACCAUGCUAAAUAAUACUGCUUGUAUAAUAGCAGAAAUGCAACAACAAGGUUACGUACAGCCGCCAAACGGUAACGCUACAAUGCCACUCAGUGUGCCGAAACCACCCCCGCCGCCCAGAUCCAAAAGUCCAGAAAGCCAACCACUUCUAACCCAUAACAAUACUGGAAAAUGUAACAUGAGACUUCCACAUGCUGCCAUGAGUGAGAUGAGGGUGUGAUAGACACAAACGAGAAAAAACUAGAUUGUGCACAAGUGACUUUUUAUAUUCGUCCGAUGAAGAAACAUUUGUUUAACUAAAAGUACAUUCUGAUUUGAAAACUGUCAUAUAUGAUUAGAUCAUAUUCUUUUGAUAUCCAUGGUGACAUCUUUAGUAUGAAUUUGAAUACCUAAAACGAAACAACAUAGUUUAUCCAAAAAAUUGUCAAAUUUUAAUGGAAAAGUCACUUACCAUUUGUGAAUUGAUAAUUUAUUUAUCAGCAAUCUCCUGUUAGCUUAUCCAUUUUCAGUAUAUUAUGAAACUUUUCUCGGUUUCUUCAAUUAUUCUCAACAGGCAAAAGAUUUGGGCUGUAUCGUGGCAGUGGUAGAAACGCAAAGGUUGGGGUACACCUGUCACAUAAAUGAAAUAGAGCCUCUUCAACAUUAUUUCGACAAGAAUUUGGAUAUAGAAAAUGGCCAAUUUAAGUCAAAAUAUCUCAACGGUGUAAUGUCAGACCUUAGAAAGCAUUGAAUAAGAAAUUGGCAAAGAAUAGCUGGAGAUAGGAGAUAUUAAAAAAUAAGGAAAAUCGACACUGAAAACUUUUCGUUUUUGGCUCAAAUGAAAAUGAUUUUUGUUGGUUUCAUUGAAACUAUCUGUUUGCGCGCAGGAAACGAUGAAAAUUCGCUUAAAUACAAUAUUUUUUUCUUUGCGCGCAUGAUUUCAUGCCACUUACUCAUUUUAGCCUGUUUCGCGCCGCCUCCUCCAACUUCUCCGUCGCAAAAUUGGGCUUCUAACUUUUUUUCUGUAAAUACAUUUACAGCGUUAAUUAUAAACCGGUUUUCAUGAAAUUUUUUUUGAAAUGUUGUAUCGUUGCCAAAAAGUCCGGUGCUCCAUGGAAACUUAUAUUGCAUGCAAAAAAUGUAAUUAAUUAAACAUGGAAUGGGCGCGGCGUUAAAUGAGCGAACACGUCAACGCAUUUCUGAGAAGGGAGCAUCAUCUUACCCCGUUCUUCUUGGUUUCUUGAGGCACCAUGAGCUGAUGAACGUUACUGAAGAACUUUUCGAUAAAUAAUUAGCGCUGUAAAUGAAUUCACAAAAAAAAUUAGAAGUCCAUUUUCGUGGCGGGGAAGUUGGCAGUGGCGGCGCGAAACGGCCGAAAAUGAGUGAGAGGCAAAAAAAGAUUGUAUUUCAUCGAGUUUUCAACGUUUCGUAAUGAUUUUUUGUUUUAAUUUUGGGUAGCGCAAACAGAUAGUAUCUAUGAAGCCAAGAAAAAUAAUUUUCAUUUGAGACGAAAGUGAGAAGUUUCCAAGAUCAAACGUCAUGUACCUUAUCGUUGCUGUUUUAUGUAGCCAGCUCUGGGACUAUUACUAUCACAAAACAUGAGCUGAUCCAAUUCAUAAGCUCUUAAUUCACAUCUUCUAUCUAAAUAUUCAACCAGCUUCAGUAAAUUAUCGGUCGCGGCGAAAAAAUCGUAGCAUUUGCAAAGUGGUUUGUCGAUGAUCUUCAGAACCAUCCAAAAGAUGAUAUGAAUCGAAAAUAAAGAAAACACAACUUUUAUCCAAUUUUUUCUUGAUAUCCUUAUCCACAUGAUAACUAGAUGCUCUAAUAGACAUGUGGUACAUGAAAACUCUAUUAUCAAUGUUUGAAAAGGAAAUCAGAUAAUUCGCUGACGACUUUUCGCGAGAUAGAUUUUCACAUCCAACGAAAACUCUUCACGUCAGUGAUUAUAGUAAUCCGGAUGUAACAGGCUAGUUUGCUGAGGUACUUCCUCUUUACAAUCCAUUUAAUUCAAAUUUUUCAAAAUUUGCUUCUUCCUAACACGAACAUAUUAUCGAUACAGCUAGUUUAUAGUUUAUUCGAGACAAGCCCAUUCGUUGAGACCGGAAACUAUGAGUCCAAGUUACAUUUUAGGGUUUACGCACUCUCUAGGUAAUUCAAUGAAGACACCGGCUCAAUUGAAAAAUUUAGGACUUCUAUCGUCUGUUAUUAUCGAAAUGUUAUACAAGCUAUACAGCUAUUCAAUGAAUUAAUAAUUAUAAGUCUCAUCAAUGCAGGUAAAAUAAUGGACUGAAGAAUACUAAAAUAUUUCCCGUUAUGAAAAAAAAAUAGAGCAAGUAAUUGGUAUAUUAGUUAAAAGAAACACUCUAAUUUAAUGUAAAAAAUAUUACACAAUAUUUUUUCAUAAUAAAGAAGCAAUAAAAAAUUAUUUCAGUAAUUUGAGUUAAUAACAAUAUUCUAGAAUUUGACACGUUUCGAUUCUAGCAUUCACUAAAUUUUUCAUGUGAUAAACCUUCAUUACCAAACCAUAAAUUUAUUAUUAAUAUAUUGUUUUGAAUUAACAUAGUUGAGGUAUUCAGAGACAACAAAAUAGAACGGUUGCCAAGGAUUCAAUAAUAAAAUGAAUUGAUUGUAUUUCUUUCUUUGUGUGCUAACAAAUUCAGAUUUGAAUAUUGAUUGACAUAAUGUGUUCGAAUUGCUCUGACAAAAAUUUAAUAGGCGUAAACAAUAACGAGUGGCAUUUAUGAGUGAGGUAAGCGUUUUCUAUUGUAAACAGAACGGAAAUUACAGUAGGAUGAAAUGAUAAAAUGGAGAUUUAUAUAUUGCUGUUCGGAAUUCAAAUACAAAGUGCAUAUCAAUUUUACGUUUCGCUGAACUUCAUGAGGCAGUUAUACCACUUCUUCCCAAUGAAUCAAUAUUGACUAUUAUUUCACAAAACGUUUCAAUGUUCUAUUUAUUGUUACAAGGAAUUUAUGAAUUCUAAUUUUGUAUAGCUUUUGAUGGAAUAGCACAUUGUGUUCGAAUGAUUUUUAUUCGUGGUCAUGAAAACUCAAAAACAAUAGGAGAAUACAAGAAUAGAAAAGGAAAAA